ACGACGUGCGGACGCGCUCUCGGACGGUCGACGUGCGCGCUCCCGGCAGGGUGGGACAACCGGAAGCGACAGACACUGAGUGAAAGGGUUGUGUCGAUCCGUUGAAGUUUGCAAAAUGCCGGCUUAUCAUUCAACCCUCAUGGACCAGGAUGUGAAGCUCAUUGGAAAUAUGGCAUUAUUGCCACUGAAAACUCAAUUCAAAGGGCCAGCUCCAAAAGAGACCAAAGAUCUCGAUGUAAUUGAAGAAGCCAUCUACUAUUUUAAAGCAAAUGUUUUCUUUAAAAACUAUGAAAUAAAGAAUGAAGCUGAUAGAACCUUAAUUUAUAUCACCCUCUACAUCACUGAAUGCCUCAAAAAACUACAAAAGUGCAACUCCAAAAAUCAGGGCGAGAAGGAAAUGUACACCUUGGGAAUCACUAACUUCCCCAUUCCUGGCGAGCCCGGAUUCCCGCUCAAUGCCAUGUAUGCAAAGCCAGGAAACAGGCAGGAAGACGAGAUGAUGAGGGGUUACUUGCAGCAGAUCAGGCAAGAAACUGGCCUGAGACUUUGUGAAAAAGUGUUUGAUCAACAGACUGACAAACCCAGCAAGUGGUGGACAUGCUUUAUAAAGAAGCAGUUCAUGAACAAAAGCCUGUCAGCGCCUGGGCAGUAAUAAUGUUACAAAUGUGCAACAUCAGGCCAAUGUGUCACGCAGCAAGAUGUACAAAGUUUUUGUUUUGUCUUGUAAGAUUUUAUACCGGGUUUGGUUAUAAUAAAAGAACAGUGUCAUUCUGAAGAGUUUUUCACUUGAAUGUGAACAAGAUUAACUGCUUGAUUUGUUAUUUACUUGAAAGCUUCUACCUAAUGGCUGAUCUUUAAAAAUACGUCUGCAGAAUUUGGUGCCUAAACAGUGUUUAGUAGAUUAGUUAACACAAGGUAAUGUCUUUGGUAUUUCAAAGCUGUACCUUGAUUCCCUGUUGGUCUUCUUAUUGCAUAUUGUGCAUCGGAAAAGAGUACCUAAUCAUUUAAAGAUUCCUGCACAACUAUAUUAGUAUUAACAGCAAAGGUCCUAUUGCUCCUGUAACUGGCAUUGGAUUGCCAUUAUGAAAUUAGUUGUGAUUUGUAUAACAAUUCAUAGUUCAGGUGUAUGAAUGUGAUUUUCUAAAUUGUAUAACACAAAAAGAGUUAAUUGAAAGCUUUUAGAUUAAUAAGGCUUUAUCAAAGAUUUAGCUGAUGUGAAUUUUUUUUAAAAAGCUCAAAUAAAAUGCUAAAUAUCUAAUAGA